GAAAAAUAAAUCAGAUAUUAGCCAGCACAAGAAUCAAGAUCAACAAGUCAAUACGACCCAGAGUUAGAGAUAGAGAGAGAGCUCCAGUGACGCACUGACGCAGAGUGUUGUGUGAGAGUGAAGAAACUAUGCCUCGGAGCAGGUUUUCGGGUUCUGUGACCACUCCAAAGGUGGACGUGGCGAUCGACAUGGGCAACCCCUUCCUCAACCUCACCGUCGAUGGGUUCUUGAAGAUCGGCACCGUCGCAGCUACCAGAGCAGCUGCAGAGGAUGCAUAUCACGCCGUGAAAAAAGGGAGUAUUUCAAGUCACAAUUUUGAGCACACGCUGAAGAAGAUGUGUAAAGAAGGCGCGUAUUGGGGAACCGUGGCUGGAGUUUACGUGGGAAUUGAGUAUGGAGUAGAGAGGGUUCGUGGCACCACAGACUGGAAGAAUGCCAUGAUUGGCGGUGCGGUGACAGGUGCUCUGGUAUCUGCAGCCAGCAACAAUAACAAAGACAAAAUUGUGGUGGAUGCCAUUACGGGUGGUGCAAUCGCAACGGCUGCGGAGUUCCUCAACUAUCUCACCUGAACUGAUGUUUCUAAAAUUCUCCUCGUCUCUCUGCUCCUUCUGAGGAGGAAGAAUUGUUUGGUUCUGUUUCUCUUGUUAUUUUUCUUGUGAAUUUGUAAGUUUGUAAUAGAAACGAACUGAAUGCUAGUAGUCAAUCGAGGUGUUUUUUUCAUUCCUUUCCUAGCCAAAUAAAUAAAACUGUGUUCUUUUUACCCUUAUAUAA